AUGUUUUCCAGAACAGUAUCGAAGCUCCGCAAUACAAAGAGGCUUUUUAGCACCGUUUCCCCGCAAAUCCCAGGUACAAGAACCUCAAGGCUGCCCAAUGGGUUAACCAUAGCCACAGAGUAUAUCCCCAAUACAUCUUCAGCAACUGUAGGAAUAUUUGUCGAUGCUGGCUCUAGGGCAGAAAAUGUAAAGAACAACGGUACAGCGCAUUUUCUUGAGCACUUAGCCUUUAAGGGCACUCAAAAUAGGUCACAACAAGGAAUUGAACUAGAAAUUGAAAAUAUCGGGUCUCACUUGAAUGCGUAUACCUCUAGAGAAAACACAGUUUAUUAUGCCAAAUCUUUACAGGAAGACAUUCCAAAGGCGGUUGGUAUCUUGAGCGAUAUCUUAACCAAGUCUGUUUUGGAUAAUAAUGCCAUUGAAAGAGAAAGGGACGUUAUCAUUAGAGAAAGUGAGGAGGUGGAUAAGAUGUACGAUGAAGUCGUCUUCGAUCAUCUUCACGAAAUUACUUAUAAGGAUCAGCCCUUGGGAAGGACCAUUCUAGGGCCUAUCAAAAAUAUCAAAUCCAUCACAAGAUCCGACCUAAAAAAUUAUAUAACAAGAAAUUAUAAGGGAGAUAGAAUGGUAUUGGCAGGUGCAGGUGCUGUUGAUCAUGAGGAAUUGGUCGAAUAUGCUCAGAAAUAUUUUGGGCAUGUUCCCAAAUCCGAAUCGCCUGUACCAUUGGGCUCACCAAGAGGUCCACUGCCAGUUUUUCACCAAGGUGAGAGGCUCAUUGAAGAGAAGACGUUACCCACUACACAUAUCGCUAUUGCAUUAGAAGGUGUUUCAUGGUCAGCUCCUGACUAUUUUGUGGCUUUGGCCACUCAGGCCAUUGUCGGUAAUUGGGACAGAGCCAUUGGCACGGGUACAAAUUCCCCCUCUCCGUUGGCCGCAGCAGCCAGUCAAAAUGGUCCUUUGGCUAAUUCAUAUAUGUCAUUUUCCACAUCCUACGCUGAUUCGGGUCUGUGGGGAAUGUACAUCGUAACCGACUCUAAUGAACAUAAUGUGAAGUUAAUUGUUGAUGAAAUCCUAAAAGAAUGGAAGAGGAUUAAAUCCGGUAAAAUUUCAGAUGUAGAAGUUAACCGAGCAAAGGCUCAAUUGAAGGCCGCCUUGUUGCUGUCAUUGGAUGGCUCUACAGCCAUUGUGGAAGACAUCGGUAGACAGGUUGUGACAACGGGUAAAAGAUUAUCGCCGGAGGAAGUUUUUGAACAAGUAGAUAAAAUUACUAAAGAGGAUAUCAUUAUGUGGGCGAAUUAUCGUUUACAAAACAAACCAGUUUCAAUGGUUGCUCUAGGAAACACGUCCACAGUACCUAAGGUUUCCUAUAUCGAAGAAGAACUAAACCGAUGA